AUGACCCACCUCUCCAUCUCCUCGACUACUUCGCUCUCACCCGGAUGUAAUUAUUGGUACCUAUCAACAAUCUUCAGUACUAUUGGCUCAAAUCAUGCGAAGGAAUCAGUUUACACCUUACCUAAUAUAAGCGUAUCCGCCUUUACCACCAGCGACCCUGAAACAUGGUUCUUGCCCGAAGAGUUACAUGAUGAUGAUGAUGAUGCAGGAGCUGAUGAUGACAUGCAGGUAGACACUGGCCAUGCUGGUAGCCCAUUUGAGGCCGAAGACCAUUAUGACCUCUCAAUCCAACAAUUGCUGCCACCCUAUUAUGCUCAGCCUUCGGGAGCACACUUCGAGCCACAACAUGAGUACCCGUCCUAUCAACAACACAACGAGCCCGAGCCCGAACCCGAGUAUCCUCUUGAUAUAUACGCUCAGCUUGCGGCCUUGCGCCUCGAGGGCAACCGGAACACAACAGUCAUUCGGCGCAUCGAGGAGCAGCAAGCUCGCACCAACAACUACUUGGAGGAUCUUUGGUAUCAUUUUCAGCCCGACAGCAGUUACCGUCCUCACGAGCCUCCUCCACAUUGA